GUGGAUUCAGAAGGGUUCUUCAGUUAUCUGGUCUACACCUCUCGUAGAAGGACUUGGAAUCUGUCAUCAUGUUUAAGGCUAUCGUACUUUUAUCCUGUGUUGCCGCUGCGCUGGCUGACUGUGGUAUUCCCGCCAUCCAGUCAUCCUUCAUCGUCGGAGGCGAUGCCGCCACCCCCGGCGCCUGGCCGUGGCAGGUCGGUAUCCAGAAGAAUUACCUCGUUGGCGGAGGCGGAUAUCACAUGUGUGGAGGCACCCUGAUCAGCGACCAGUGGAUCGUAUCUGCUGCCCACUGCUUCUACCGCUGGAAGAGACUCUCCGACUACACCAUGACUCUUGGCUCCCACGAGCGCGACGCCAUUGACGAUACCCAAGUCAACGCCAAGCUCGGCGGCAUCUUCGUCCACGAGAACUACGACACCAGGAACCUCGACAACGACAUCGCUCUCCUGAAGCUGGAGAACCCCGUCACCUUCACCGACUACAUCAGCGAGGCCUGCGUUGCCAAGACCGACUACCCCGCCGAAACCAUGUGCGUCGUCACUGGAUGGGGAGACCAAGAAACUGCCAUUGACCAGACCGAGCUCCAAGAAGUCUACGUCCCCAUCAUCGACAACGCAGUGUGCAACCGUGCCUCGUGGUACAACGGUGAAGUCACUGACAAUAUGCUCUGCGCUGGAUACUCCACCGGAGGCAAAGACUCUUGCCAGGGAGAUAGCGGUGGACCCUUCAUGUGCAGGAACAGCGCAGGUGCCUGGGAAUUGACUGGUGUCGUCAGCUGGGGAUACGGUUGCGCUGAUCCCCUCAACCCAGGAGUAUACGCCAGGGUUACACGAUACAACGACUGGAUCAACGGAAUCAUCGCAAACAACUGAAUUGAGCAGCUGAUGUCAAGGAACCAUCUUACUGCACAAGCAUGAUAAAACUAGUCAGCUGUGUUUAUUUCAAGAAAAUAUAUCCUAUGAUUCCAUUUAGUGCAAUACAACAAAUACAUUAAUAGUUUUAUCAUUAUUAUUAUUGCUAUCUUUGAAGGGUUUUUGUUUCUUGCACUUAGUUAAAACUACAGGGUAGAAAUUCACCUGAAUUUCAAGUAUUAUCCAGGCGUACAAUCAUACAGGGUUAAAAACAAUCACUGUCAUAUUAGUUUAGAUUAUAGAUUAAUCAUAGAUUAUUUAUUUUUGUGUGAAAAUGAAGCAAUAAAUUGUGGAAAACGAUAACAUAAAA